ACUGGUCCGCACAAUGAACAUUAGCACACCUCAAGAGUAGGUUUUAGCCGGAGAAGACAGUCGUUUGUCCGUGUGAAAGUUAAACAGGCCCCGAGCUCGUCUUCGGUGAAUUGUGAAGCCUGAGAGAUUAGAAACAACCCAAAGAGCGAGGAUGUUGGUCCCCGCGGGAAGAUAAUGAAGAGGCUGCGCGUUUUGUUGGUGUGCCUCGUUGUAGCUCUCCUGUGCUGGUACCCCAGUCAACAUGUGUUUUGUUCAGAGCAGAGCUCGUCUGGCUCAGGUCAGUCAGCCGGGGACAACAACCCUGUCGGCCACGAGCAGGAGCAGGAGCAGGAGCAGGAGCUGGACUCCACGCAACACAAGGUGGACGAGUGGACGACACACACAUCAUACGAUAUGGGACUAGAGACGGAGAGAGCAGCACUAGAGCUGGAAACACACAGCUACACACACCAAGAACAGACUGUGAAUCCUCAGGAGGCGGAGGUGGAGGGAACCAGGCCGGACCCAGAGUCCGAUACUGUACCCGCUGCUCCUGAGCCACAACCCCAAACAGAGCCCCCCCACACUGAUUCGGACCUACAGACCGACACACAGGACCAUGACCAGGACCCCCCAGUGUCCUCCGCUCCAGAGCCGGCUCCAGCACAGGGCCACGUGUCCACAGACGGCCCCGCCCAAGCAGAAAUCCACAGUGACGCCCCUGCUGCACACCCCAGCCUGGACUCCACCCAGGCCACACUCCCAGAUGAAGCUGACAACACACCUACCUCACAGAGCGCCGGCCCAGCCCACACAGGUGCAGUGCGGGUUGCCAGUGCAGGAGAUGAAUUCCCAGUAGACAGCUUUGUCUUUGCUGAGCACUCUGAUUCACAGUGCGGGGUCAUUCCCCCCAAACUGGCAACCUGUGAAAACUCCCCUUUUGGCAGCCCUCUCCUCAGUGUGGACGACGCCGGCGUAGAAGACCAGCGGUCAGACCACAGUCUCAGUUCUGGUCCGGAAGCAGAGCUCCAGCCUGCUCCAGGCAACGUGGACCAGGAACAACAAAAACAACAACAACAGCAACAACAACAACAACAAAAACAACAGCAACAACAACAACAACAACAAAAACAACAGCAGCAGCAGCAGCAGCAGCAGCGCCGGCGGCAGCAGCAGCAGCUGGAGGAUGGGCUGUCUGAUUUGGACCGGGAGGCCAACACCUCCCACCACCAAGAACAGCAGGCGGGGGAGGCCAGUAUCGGCAGAGAGACUGAUCCCUCGGUGCCGAGCAAAGAGGACAUCCCCACCUUCGACGAGUGGAAGAAACAAGUGAUGGAGGUGGAGAAGGAGAAGAGUCAGUCUCUCCACACCUCAGCCAGCGGCAGCCCCCACCCCGUGAAGAAGGUCCAGAAAAACUUCAAGAAUAACUACGCGUCUGUGGAGUGUGGAGCCAAGAUACUGUCUGCCAACAACGAGGCCAAGAGCACUUCAGCUAUUCUCAUGGAAAACAUGGACCUGUACAUGCUGAAUCCCUGCAGCAACAAAAUCUGGUUUGUGAUAGAGCUCUGUGAACCUAUUCAAGUCAAGCAGCUGGACAUCGCUAACUUCGAGCUCUUCUCAUCGACACCCAAAGACUUCCUGGUUUCCAUCAGCGACAGGUAUCCGACCAACAAGUGGGUGAAGCUGGGGACGUUCCACGCCCGCGACGAGCGCAUCGUCCAGAGCUUCCCACUGGACGAACAGCUUUACGCUAAAUAUGUGAAGAUGUUCAUCAAGUACAUAAAGGUUGAGCUGCUCUCGCACUUUGGAUCAGAACAUUUCUGUCCCCUCAGUCUCAUCAGGGUGUUUGGUACCAGCAUGGUGGAGGAGUACGAGGAGAUAGCUGACUCUCAGUACCCUUCAGAGAGACUGGAGUACCUGGAUGAAGACUAUGAUUAUCCUCCUGGUUACCAACCGUCAGAGGACAAGGCCUCUAAAAACCUGCUUGGCUCAGCAACCAAUGCCAUCUUAAACAUGGUAAACAACAUUGCUGCUAACGUGCUGGGUGGAAAGCCGGAGCUGGAGGGCGGAGCAGAAACAGGAGGAAACACCACAGCGGAGGGGGAUGGAAAGACGGGCGGCACAGAAGUUAAAGCCAAACCUCCUGAAACAACUCACGACUCUGCAGAACCGGAGCCCGCAGAACCAGAACACCCCGCCCCCCAGGAGGACUCCAACGUCUCCAGUGACUCCUCCGCACCUCCUCCCUCCUCCUCACCCGUCUCCCCCGAGGACAGGCAGAUCGUCACUCUGGUGGAGGAGGAGGAGGAUGAAGAGCCCAGACAGUCGACUGUCACCCUGAUGGAGGAGGAGGGAGAGGAGGAGGAAGAGAAGAGAGAGGAGGAGACGCGGAGGGAGGCAGACAGGAACCAGUGGGAGAGCCGGACGUACUGUCCCUUCUCCUCCUUCUCCUCCCUGUCUCUGUCCUGCGUGGUCACUCUGCCGGAGCUGCUCCACCGCUGGUGCUCCGCCCGGCUCGCCAAGGAGAGACUGCGCAGCCUCAGGCGGAGGCAGACCAGCGCGCAAUCACAGACUCACCUGGUCGUGAACACCCCUGUCCUCACGCGCACACCCCCACACGUCCCUGUCCCUGCCCCCACCCCCCCGCAGGAAGCCCUCCCCCUCACAGAGAAGGCCCCGGAGCCCGAGGUGUCUGCCCGGGGCCAGACGGAGGGCGAGGCGUACGUCACUCACACACACGUCAACACUCACACUCCAGACCUGCACAUCCUGCUGGAGCCCAGCAGGACCUCCAUCACCCCCCCACACAGCUUCUCAGACGUCCACAGCUCUGUGACGCGGCCCACCCCCACCCACGAGGAGAAGCCGCUGCCCCCCAUCAAAGACGCAGCCCUGGACCCAGUCCCCACCCCCCCCCUUCAAGCAGUCUCCAUCCCAGAGACGCAGCAGGCCAGCAGCACCACCCCCGCCCUCUCUGUCAGCCCCCCCACACACCCCCUGUCCUCAGAGACGGCGUCUCCUGGUGUGGCGGUUCCUCCCGUCAAGGAGACGCCCGUUCAGCCGCUCCCCACCGCAUCACGGCCUGAAGACCUGAUCCCCCCCCCCACUGACCUGCCAGCAGCUGUCCCAUCGACGGACGCUCACACAGACGCAGCGAAGCCCGGCGCAGACGCUGGCGACUCACAGAGACGCAGCGCCCAGACUCACGGGGAGCAGGCGGACUCUGUCCCUCAGACCGGAGAGCCCCCCCGGGCGGACGACUCGGCGGACGAGGACCUGUUGAGUGCUAACGGGAACGGCAACGUCCAGCGGACAGCCACAGACUUCUAUGCAGAGCUGCAGAACGGGGGGGAUUAUAACGGCGGGGCGGCGAACGGGAACGGCGUGCUGUUGAACGGGGCGGCGGUGCACGGCUCCAGCCAGAAGGAGAGCGUGUUCAUGAGGCUGAACAACAGGAUCAAAGCUCUGGAGAUGAACAUGAGUCUGUCCAGCAGAUACCUGGAGGAGCUCAGCCAGAGAUACCGUAAACAGAUGGAGGAGAUGCAGAGAGCGUUCAACAAGACCAUCAUCAAACUGCAGAACACGUCCCGCAUCGCUGAAGAGCAGGACCAGAAGCAGACCGACUCCAUCCAGGUGCUGCAGAACCAGCUGGAGAACGUCACCAAGCUGAUGUUAAAUCUCACGGCUGCGGUCGGCCAGCUGCAGAGAGAGGUGUCCGACCGUCAGAGUUACCUGGUCGUGUCUCUGGUCCUGUGUCUGUCUCUGGGCCUCCUGCUGUGUCUGCAGUGCUGCCGUAGCUCCUCCCCCAUUCCCAGCACCACCGCUGCUGCCCUCCCCAAGAGCAACCACUACCCCAGCCCGAAAAAGGUUUGUUGUUCAAGUGUUAGAGAGUCUCACAGCCCUUAUCCACUGAGCUGGUUCCAUGGCUGGUUGGGAGCUAGAGCCUGA